UCUUCAACACGAUGGCGGAUCUUGCGCAAGGUGUUUUUACUCAAGUAAACCAACAGGCACAACUAUCCGGUUUGGCGGCGUUUGCUCAGCCUCAACAGCAACAUCAGACGAUGCAACAGCAUGCCAUUCAACAACAAGCCAUUCAACAGCAACAGGUCGCUCCUCAGCAUCAACUGACGCACACAGUGCCUGGACCGGCUCUCACAGACUCACAAAUGCAGCUGCAGACGUUCUGGCCGAAGCAGAUGAUGAACGUCCGGAAUCUACACCAGAACGACUUUCGUUUCCAAGAGUUGCCACUUGCGAGGAUAAAGAAAAUCAUGAAGCAGGACGAAGAAGUCAAGAUGAUCAGUGCAGAGGCACCGGUUCUCUUCUCUAAAGCAGCGGAAAUGUUUGUUGCUGAGCUCUCACUUCGAGCGUGGAUACACACCGAGGACAACAAGCGAAGAACACUGCAGAGGAAUGAUGUUGCCAUGGCAAUCAGUAAGUUUGAUCAGUUUGACUUUCUCAUUGAUAUCGUGCCUCGAGAGGAGCUAAAACCAGCGAAACGAUUUUCGGCACAAGUAGUCGAUCCAUCCCAGAUGCAGUAUUACUUCCAACUGCAGCAGAACGUUCUUCUUCAACAGCAACAGCAGCAGCAGCAACAGCAAGGACAACAAACGCAGGCGGGGCAGGCCAUUUCCCAUCAAUCGCAUCCUCAGGCGCAACAGCUACUCAUACAGUCUCCAAUCCAAUUCCAAGUGCAACCACAAGUUCAAUUGCAACAACAGCAGGCGCAAGCACCUCAGAUAUCACAACUACAGACAUUACAAGCCAGUCAACCGAUUCUCAUUCAAGCACCACCACAGAUGCAAAAUCAACAUCAACCAAGCUCGUCGGCAUCUGGAGUAGUAACGUUGCCUGCAUCUCUUCCUGUCAUGACAGCAAUGUGGAAUCAGCCGCAUCAACCUGGUGUAACUCCAGCCUCCAAUGUUCAGCCACACGCCAUGCCACAGCAACAAAUCAUUCUACAACAAUCACCACACGGUGACCAAACGCAAGGUGUAGCAGACAUGAGUGGCGUCCAGACCAUCCAGUACGUCCUCCCUCAGUCGGAGGGUUCAGCACCUGGGAUUCAUGGCCCACCGACUACAUACCUCCCUCUCUUUUCAUCGUCUGAUAACCCACCAGGGGGCACCCCAACAAUAUCCGGAAGCAUGACGAUGGUAGGGACAUCAGUCGAAGACCAACUUCAGGAGACUAUGACUAUGGCACCUGUACAUCAACAUAGUGAACAGUAGGAUUUUAUUGUUUGAUAUUUGUAUGUAUGUAGUGUUUGUGGGAUAUAAGGGAUAGAGUUGUUUUUAGUUGAUGGGAAGGUCGGACAUGGUUUACGAAAUUUGUGCAUAAUGCUAUUGUAGGCGAAGAUGAGGACAUUGUAGUGUAUGAAUAGUAACAGAUGACAUUCGA